AUUGUAGGUUCCACACGGUCACAUAUAAUUGACGCACAUCAACAGCACAGCGCGAACGAAGCCGACCUGGAAAAACUCUUGGUGGAGGAGUUUUACUUCACCACGAAGAGGAGAGGGAAGCUCCGCUGAGACGUCGGGAUGGAGCAGGGGGACCCACGGCCCCCCCAGCACAUCAAAUCAGAAGAGGAGGAGCCACGGCACCCCCACAUCACAGUGGAAGAGGAGAAGCAAGCAUGGGCUCAGGAGGAGGCUGACGUCAGUAAAUUCCCAGUAAUUUGUGUGAUUGUGAAGAGCGAGGAUGAGGAUGAGGACGAGGGCGAAGACGAUGAAGCUCAGUGGUCCCAACUUGAUCGCAGUCAAGGUGAGAAGAAGAGAAGCUCGGAGGCAGGCAGCCUCUUAGCUCCGCUGUCGGAUAGUGACGACACGGACGAGGAAGAUUCCAAAGCAGAUACUCGCAGGCGUCACACUGACGACAAACACUUGAAAUGCUCUCAGUGCGACAAAACUUUUGGUGACGGGAGAAUUUUGAAGCGACACACGAGGCUCCACACGGGAGAAAAACCGUUCAUUUGUUCGGUUUGCGGUAAGAGCUUCAAGUUGAAGGAAUAUUUGAUCGUCCACAUGAGGACUCAUACGGGAGAAAAACCGUUCAUCUGCUCCGUUUGUGGAGGCAGAUUCUCUCAAAAGGGGAGUUUGAUGAAACACACAAGAACGCACACCGGAGAGAAACCAUUUUCUUGUUUAAUCUGCAGCAAAACUUUUUCUGCCAAGGGACACUUAACAGCACACACAAGGACACACACUGGAGAAAAACCAUAUUCCUGCUCCGUGUGCAACACAAGUUUUAGCGACAGUUCGGCACUGGGGAGGCACGCAAGAACACACACUGGUGAGAAACCUUUUACUUGCUCGCUUUGCGGUGAAAGAUUUGCUCAAAAAGGAAAUUUGAUGGCACACAUGAAUAGACACACUGGAGAUAAACCAUUUUCAUGCUCCUUUUGUGGGCAAAAAUUCUCCCGAAAGGGGAUUUUGCUGAAACACACAAGAAGACACACUGGGGAGAAACCAUUCAGUUGCGAUAUGUGUGAUAAAACCUUUACUUAUAAGUACCAGCUGAACAAACACAAGUGUGCUGGUGAGAAGAGCAGCGCUUGAUGACGUCACGCGUGAUGACGCUGACAAAGGAGUUGCUAUGACAACGACAUGGAUGUUCUCAUUUUAGCGUAGAAAUAAGUAUUCUGUGUGAAUGGGAUCUGAAAUAAAAGCGGGGCUUGUAGGCCAUUUUUUUGGCACCUCAUUUUUAAAAAUCAUGUUAUUGUAUAUUACCCUCAUCACAAAGCUAAUAUGUGAAUGUUUUCUUGAAAUAGCUUAGCAUAUAUUUCCCUAUAUUUGAUUGUUUGUAGCAUCUUGAAUGUACAAAAUGUAUCAAAGUGGCUCCUGCGUCCUUAAUAUUUCUGUAUGCAGCGCUCACAGGAAAGGGUUUGGACGCCCCCCUAAAGUAUGAAGUAGUAGUACUAUUAAGUGUAUUGCUUGGAAUUACUUGCAUACAGUCGACAUCAGGAGUGUCCAAAUUGUUUUUCAGCGAGGGCCACAUACUGAAAAACGGAAGGACGCAAAGGCCGCUUUUAUAUUUUGUAAAUCAACACAUGUAGAUAUGCUAUAAAGUUAUAUAUAUUUCAAGACAAAACGACAUGUUUUUUUCAUAAUAGCUGACUUCCCAUAAUAUUUGGACUUUAUUCUAUAUUUGAA